AGUAGUGGUGUGGAGGGGCCAAAGAUGGAGGCGGCCGCCGCGCCCACCCCCUUGGCCGGACUGGCCUGGGUUCCGGCUGCGGCCGCUCCCCCGUGGGGCUACAGCGCGAUUUCGAACACCGUGGAGGGGACACCUGCCAACUUCGGAAAAGGGUUUGCGCAAAAGUCCGGGUAUUUCCUCUGCUACUUGACUCUGGGCACCUCUGAGAACACCCAGCAGAGUGUGGUGAACGACAUCCAGAUUCUGAGCGAAAAAACACCUCUCCCCAUUGGCUUCUCCUUUAUCAACGAAUUCCUGGACGCCAAAACCUCUGUGUCCAAGAAGAAAAGAGUCUGCAUGAAGCUGGUUCCUCUGGGGGCAACGGAUAUAGCCGUCUUGGAUGUCAAGCUGAGUAGCAAGAGCAGAGCUGUGCCAGGCUACAUGCGUGUAGGAGACCUGGGGGGCUUUGCAAUUUGGUGUAAAAAAGGAAACAUCUCCAAGCCCCAACCGUUGCCUCGUCCGAGGAACGUCACCUCAGAGUUGAAGACUCUCUCCCUGGACCUACCUAGAUCUCAGGAGAAGCCUCUGUCCAGAUCCGGCUCGACCCUGGCCACUCUCCAGCGCAGCGACUCCGUCUACGAGGCAUCUGGUCUUUAUGGCAUCUCUGCUCUGGAUGGGGUCCCCUUUACGCUGCACCCGAGGUUUGAGAGCCGUGGCCCCGGCCCAACUGGAUUCUCUGCUUUCACUGACCUGAACAUCAAGUCUCUGGCUGACAUCGAGGAAGAAUACAACUAUGGAUUCGUGGUGGAGAGAACAGCAGCAGCCCGCCUGCCCCCCAGCAUCUGCUAGGAUCUGGCCCAACGGAGGGGAUUUCACCCUGCUUCCCCUCCUCCAGCUCCCGGGACUCAACGUGGGACCCGUCCCCCUCACCAAGUUGCCUUUCAUGCCUCUCCCCUCCCCCCCUUUCCCUUCUAGGCCAGUGGGGAGAGGAGUGUGCCUGCCAAGAUCUCUGGCCAGCACGGCAGGACAGGGGAGCCUGUUCCUUGAAACAAUUUAUUCACAUCGUGCCUUUGGGAUCUGGGUCUGCCCGGGCUCAACGAUAAAGAUUAUCAGUUUC